UGACGUGAAAUGGAAACGUACUCCCUUGAACCCGCAUCUACGCAAAGUCAUUUCCAAGCAGGCGGCCAGAAGCUUAAGAGAAGCGUGGAGACAGCUCUCUCACACACCAAAGACUUUUACAUUCAUACAGCUUCAGAAUACACAAUGACAGAAGAAAAGAUAUCCAUAGAAGAUGUAAAGGCGUCCAAUGGCGAAGCGCACCUGGACGUUCCGCCGCACGCCAACGGCUUGAGUGAGCACCGGAGGAGCGAGCCGGAGAGCACCGCGCAGAAAGUGAAGCGCUUCGUCCUGGCCAAUCUGCUGGUCAUCCUCACUGUGUCCGCAGUCAUUGUCGGCGUCCUGAUCGGCCUCGGGGUGCGAAACGCCGGGUUGAGCCGCACGCAGAUCAUCUACUUCGGCUUCCCCGGAGAGCUGCUUAUCCGUCUACUGAAAAUGAUCAUCAUUCCGCUGGUGGUCUGCAGUCUGGUGUCCGGCGCGGCCAGCAUUGACCCCAAAGCCCUGGGAAAGCUGGGCGGCUGGGCGAUGCUCUUCUUUCUGGUGACCACACUGAUCGCGUCUGCCAUCGGCGUUAUUAUGGCGUUCAUCAUUCACCCUGGUUCCAGCGAUGGCAAGAUGUCCCAGCUUAACUCGCAGGACGACAGCUCGGUCCCCGAAGCAAAAGAUGUCAUCGAUUCAUUUCUAGACCUGAUAAGAAACAUCUUCCCAUCUAACCUGGUUGCAGCUGCUUUUCAGUCGUAUGCCACUGGUUACAAGUUUGUCAAAAAUGACACCAACUCAAGUGUCUUCUCAUUGGAAAAGGUUCCAGUCGGUACAGAUGUGGAUGGCAUGAACAUCCUGGGUCUUAUUGUGUUUGCCAUGGCCUUUGGGGUGGCUUUGAGGAAGCUUGGAGCCGAAGGAGAGAUUCUUAUGAAGUUCUUCAACUCUUUCAAUGAGGCCACCAUGGUGCUGGUCUCCUGGAUCAUGUGGUAUGCACCACUGGGUAUAAUGUUCCUGGUUGCUGCCAAGAUUGUGGAAAUGGACGAUGUUAGUUUGCUGUUCACCAGCUUGGGGAAAUACAUCGCUUGCUGUGUCAUUGGUCAUGCCAUCCAUGGGCUCCUCGUCCUGCCACUCAUUUACUUCAUAAUUACACGGAAGAACCCCUACACUUUCCUGCUGGGAUUGGUCACUGCUUUGGCUACUGCAUUUGGAACCUCCUCCAGCUCUGCCACAUUGCCCCUAAUGAUGAAGUGUGUUGAGGAAAACAACGGCGUGUCUAAGCACAUCAGCCGCUUCAUUCUGCCCAUUGGUGCAACCGUCAACAUGGAUGGAGCCGCGUGUUUCCAGUGUGUCGCUGCCGUGUUCAUCGCUCAGCUGAACGGGAUCCCACUGAACUUUGUGCAGGUCAUCACUAUCCUUGUGACUGCGACGGCGUCCAGUGUGGGGGCUGCUGGGAUUCCUGCUGGAGGAGUGCUGACUCUGGCCAUCAUUCUGGAGUCAGUGGGACUGCCCACCAAUGACCUGUCCCUCAUCCUUGCCGUGGACUGGCUCGUUGAUCGCACGUGCACCGUCAUCAAUGUUGAAGGUGAUGCCUAUGGAGCAGGUCUUCUCCAGUAUUUAGUCGAUCGCAAUCCCAGCAAAAAUGAGUUGGAGGAGCUGGAUAAGGUGCGAGUGGUGGAAGAAGAUGUCUCCUUAAAACCAGAAAGUUCUCCACUCAUUGAAAAACAGGGCAACUUAGAACUGGAGGAGGCCGCCGGACCCAAACCCUCUGAAAAAGAGUCCAUCAUGUAGAUUCUUCUGGAGUAUUUCAACACACUUUCCUUCCCUACCAGCCUGAUCUCACCAAAUCAGUCUCUGUCUAUACUGAGACCAGGAAGCGAGACAGGCUUGGAUCAAGACAGAACAAAGACUACGUCAUUUUGACCUUCUUCUUUGCCCAGCUCUUCAUGAAGAGUCAAAACCUAUGCACAUGUAGGUGAGGAAAUGCUUGAAUUAUUUAUUAGAUGUUGGUCAGACGUUUUUGGCAUUUUUCUUUUUUUUAAUGUUUGCUUUACUCCUUUUAUAUCCAGCCUUUUAAAAUACUGCUAUUAUCUAUAAUUUAAUUAUUACUAUUAAUAUUAUACAUACUCCUAAUCAUUCUGAGUAUGCUCCUAUAUGAAAACUCAGCUGUUUUAGUGCAAAAUAUUCUCUUAAUAUAAGCCAAAGCACCUGCAGAAAUACUCUAAAUCCUUCUCUUUUUUCCCAACACACCAAACACAUAAUAUAAUGGCGCUCUGAAAUAGCUCAUUCCUGCCGAUUCCCUUUAAAACACUUCAGAUGUCGGUCACACUAACAAGUGCUGAUACUCUAGCUAUUAAAUACGUUGCAGGAAGCCUUGAACUUUGAAUAGUGAGCUGAUUUUUGCCUUCUUCGUCUUCAUGCCGAUACCAAUGUAUAUCUGCAAUGGUCAAGUUAUGCUCGAAGGUUAAUGCCAGCACAAUAAUUUAUGGGUCACAUGCAGAGAGUACGUCUUGUGUCUUAAAGCUUCAAGGUUGUUUGUCUUAGACUGUGGAAACGGCCUCGAGGCUGCAGGUCGAGGUCAAUGUCUGCACACAAAAAAGGUGGGAAAAGCUCAAGUUUUGUUCCGUUUUAGAUGAGUUCCAUUGAUUUUGGGAUGAAUCCAGACGGAAACUGAGAUUUUUGUGUUUUAUUUUAAAGCUAGCAUGAACUUAAUUGUUCAAUCCAUCUGUAAAAUUUAUUUUAAAAAACAAUCAAGUUAACUUAAUCGAUUUUUGUUGGGACAACAUGAAGGUAUUGUGUGGUACCCAGCAUUUUGUUCUACUCUUCGGUUUCAGGAAUUUGUUUUAAAAAAAGAAACAUUUGCUAAUCUUUUUAUGGUCAAGUAUACAGAAAUGAAGUCUGUUUUGUUCUGAUUUUAUAAAAAAAAAAAAUUUAAAUGCAGAAGAGCACAAAUAUAAUAUGCCUGCCAUUUUCUGAAGGUAGAUAUUGUAUGAGAAUGAAUGGUUUUAAAUGGAUAGUUCAACCAAAAAUGAACAUUUACUCACUAUUUACUCACCUUCAAGCGUUUCUAAACUUGUUUGAGUUUAUUUCUUCUGUUGAACACAUAAAAAUAUUUAGAAAAUUGUGAAAACUAUAACCAUUAGCCUCUUUCACACAUACACACCUUUCCAGAAAAUUACCAGCAAUUUUCCAGAAAGGCAUCAUGUGUGAACAGGCCCUUUUUAAAAAUAUCAGUAAAUUCGUUGUGGCAAUUUUCCAGAAAGAGAAGUUAUAACAUUACCGGUAAUUUGCCAGAAUGCUGCUCUGUGUGAAUGCAGAAGAAAAAUUGUGCGUUAAUGUUUAGAAUGCGCUGACGUGGACGUCUAGUCUGACCAUCAGACGAAUUCACAUCCGAGCUGUGAAAAAUAAACUAAUUUAAAUGCUUCUUGAGACACAUUUAGCUGCUGCUUGUUAGUCAGAUAACGUGUCUAUGAUUCUUCUUAGUGCCAACUGUGGAAAAACGAUCGAUAAAAUGCUUACGAUAAACAGCUGUGAGUUUACGUGCAAGCUCUGCGUUCAGCUGUGUGAUGCGGGUGCAUGUGAAGGAGCCAGGUUUUGAGUCAGGUUUGAGUAGCCUACAACACAGAGUCUUUCGUUUUAAAAAGCGUCUCACAAGCUGCAGCACAGACUCAAAUGUACAUCUAGGUUUGUGAAAGUUUCUCCAUAUCUUGUCAUCAAUAAUCUAGAAUUUGUAAUGUCGUCAAAUGUGUAAACAAAGCCGGAUUUUAGUAGUUAUUUGGUCCAUCUCUGGGACAAAAGCAGCAACUACUAUACAUGAAAGCUUAAAGUUUUAAAUGAAAGUGAAACCAUCAAGAAAAAGACAGGCCCGCUUCAUGUUUAAUACAAAUGCAACCGUUUAGAGCUCAUUUUUGGUUAAUGAUGUCAGAAUUUACAGAUAUUUUCGAAUGCAUGUGUGUGUGAAUGGUCUUUUCUGAAAAAAUCCUGGAACCUUCUUGCCUGUGUGAACAGCACAUAUUUGAAUUUACCAGUAAAGUCGUUCCAGUAAUUUCCCGAAUAUUUACCGGUAUCGAUAUGUGAAAGCGACUAUGGACUGUAGUAGUUGGAAAAGCAAACACUAUUAAAGUCGAGUUACUAGUUUUAGUAACAGUUUUAGUAACAAAAGAACUCAAACAGGUUUGGGACAAAUGAAGAGUAAGCAAAUGAUGAUUAGUCUUGGGUGAACUAUCCCUUUAAACACUAUUUACUAAUGAAUAUUUAACUGUAACUAGUAGUUGGACUGGAUUACUUAUUCAGCCCUUUUUUUAAUCUAAAAUAUUUUAUAAAUGUGUAACCUAAACACACCAGCAGAAGGAAAAUAUUGGACGACAGGGUGAGAGACGUUCGUCAGUGUACACAAUGUUGACCAAAUGUUUGUCAUAAUGAGAAGAAAAUCGUUAGAAUAGAUGUCGUGGUGGCACCAUAUUUAAAAUUUGAUGUAGAUUAAAAACAAGCUGUGAGGGCUAAAAAUAGUGUGUUCAAUGGAUUUAUACCGAUUGUUGCUUAUUAAACAUCUAAUACAAAGAAUUUAGCUAGACCUGAGGGAAAAAAGUUGUGAAAAUUGUGAUUUCGAAAAUGUAUACGUUUAUUACCAUAGUAAUAAUUAUGUUUAUCCCUUACAGUGUUGUUUUCAGCCACAUUAAAUUUUAAAAUAUCAUCUAAACUGACUGUUUGUAAUUUGUUUUUGUAGAAAUCACUUCAGUUUAACUCGCGAUUAAUCAGCGAGUGCUUAAAUCCGACCAAAGAUUAACACAAUUCUUCUCAUUUUUUAUAUCCAUAUUCGAACAUGUGUGUAUGUGUAAUAAAUAAAUAUAUAUAUAU